ACCCAACGCACGACCCAAACGCGCGAAGAAGUGUCCACGGGGUUGGAAAGUCUCGUGUGCGCGCUUCGGACGUAUAAAACCGUGGUGGCGUUCCAAAUACCCUAUCAUUAGCUUUCCGUCAUUUGCUUAAUCAACAUACCACCCGCACCCAGGACACUUGCGGCAGAGAGCGUGUGUGAGUGAGUGAGAGAGAGUGUGUGUGUAGCAGCUUCUUGGUUACCUUGAACGCAGGUUGUAUCCUUGCGCUCCUGUCAACGAAAUGAUGCCGGCUCGAUCCUGUUCGAUGGUGUUGGUGGUCGUGGUAGCUCUCGUUGCUACCACCGCUUCUGGAGCUUCGAUCGCGUCCAAUCUGGUCGAGGAGGAGCGACCGAGAAUUGCGAGCAGUGAGGAGCUGCUGUCCUCGAUUGUGAACGAGUGCUUCGAAGGUGCAUCGGUGAUGGGUUGUCUGAAGGGCAAAGUGCUGCUGUAUCUGGACGGUAUGCUGGGACUGCGCGAGGAGGAAGCACGUGCCUUCAACGAGCAAAACGUCGAUGAAGUGAUCUUCGAUCGUGUUGGACGUGUGCUGGCCACGCACGAGAUCCGUGUUCAGCUGCCCGAAGAUACCGUCGUGAGCUAUCGUGCCGAUAAGGGACUGGACAUCGAUGUGCUGCCGGCAGGACUUGCCACUGAAGCGGCCCGUGGUCACUUACUGAAGAAGAAACUCCUGCUUCCAGUGUUGCUGCUGCUGAAGCUGAAGAUGAAGGCGCUGAUGCCGAUCUUCCUCGGGCUGAUCGGACUGAAGGCCAUGAAAGCGCUCAUCCUGUCCAAGCUGGCCAUCACGCUGGUGCUCGGUUUCUUGGUCGCCCAGCUCGUCAAGAAGUCCGGUCUCGGUAUGCCCAUGUCGAUGAUGCCCAUGAUGCCAGCUCCGGCCGCUGAGUAUGGUGCACCGGUACCCGCCUCCUCCACGCCUGCCUCCAGCUACGAACCAUCGUCCUGGGAAUCCUCGUCCGGACCGUACUCUCGUCUGUGGGAACCGUCCACCUCCGGAUCGUCGCAUAACCUCGCCUACAGCUCGUACUACCCUAGCUCGAGCGGAUCCAGCUCGUACACGGCGUACAAUGCUGGCUCUGGCAGCUCGUCGUCCGUCGGUAGCUCCGGUAGCUCCUCCUCUUCCUCUUCCCCCUCCUCCAGCUCCUCAUCCUCAUCCUCUUCCUCGUCGAAUGCAGCGCACGCUUACUAGAAAGCUGCACGCAAUGCGAUCCAGUCACGUAGACCCGUACACCAAAGCGAAGGCGCAACGUAGCCCCGGACGCGUACUUUGAGCCAUUUCUUCCGGGAGGCCAACAGUAAGAGAACAACUAAAAAACAAAACAGCUCAACCCCCCAAGGGGGUUGAAACGAACGGCGGUAUCGUCCACUGGCCAUUCGCCACUAUCCCCUCAUUGGAGGCACAUCUCCAAUCAGUUACAAUCGGAGGAACUGUGGCCAUGGCUGUUGGCGAUUGCCUGCAUCAUCAUCCGAACACAGUCCUGAGUUGGGUGCUGUUGGCUUAAGGGGAGGGUUACUAGUUUAAGCCCUUGUCCCUCUAUCUUUGCAUCCUUGCGAUCUAUUUAUUGUCUCCCUUGCGAAACGUUAUUUAUUGAAUGAGGAAAUAAUAAUAAACAAAUUUACGAAAAUCUAUCAACACGAACUUUGAUACGAUCAUGCAAUAA